CCGAGCGGCUCUGCUCCUUGUUUGGGAAGCCAGUGGGAGGGAGGCCGGCCAAGGGGCUAUAUAACCCCAGGGCCAGGCCACCCGAGCACCAGCCGCCUGAGCCCAGCCAGCACCGUUGGGGACCCGGUGAAGCAGCUGCAGCCGCCAUGUGUGAGGAAGAGGACAGCACCGCCCUGGUGUGUGACAAUGGCUCCGGGCUCUGCAAGGCCGGCUUCGCGGGCGACGACGCGCCCAGGGCGGUGUUCCCAUCCAUCGUGGGCCGCCCCAGACAUCAGGGUGUGAUGGUGGGGAUGGGACAAAAGGACAGCUACGUGGGUGACGAAGCUCAGAGCAAGCGCGGGAUCCUGACCUUGAAGUACCCGAUAGAACACGGCAUCAUCACCAACUGGGACGACAUGGAAAAGAUCUGGCACCACUCUUUCUACAAUGAGCUCCGUGUCGCCCCCGAAGAGCAUCCCACCCUGCUCACCGAGGCGCCCUUGAACCCCAAAGCCAACCGGGAGAAAAUGACCCAGAUCAUGUUUGAGACUUUCAACGUCCCAGCCAUGUACGUGGCUAUUCAGGCAGUGCUUUCCCUCUACGCCUCUGGGCGCACGACCGGCAUCGUGCUGGACUCCGGGGACGGCGUCACCCACAACGUGCCCAUCUACGAGGGCUACGCCCUGCCGCAUGCCAUCAUGCGCCUGGACCUGGCCGGCCGCGACCUCACCGACUACCUCAUGAAGAUCCUUACCGAGCGCGGCUACUCCUUCGUGACGACCGCCGAGCGGGAGAUCGUGCGUGACAUCAAGGAGAAGCUCUGCUACGUGGCCCUGGACUUUGAGAACGAGAUGGCCACAGCGGCGUCCUCCUCGUCCCUGGAGAAGAGCUACGAGCUGCCCGAUGGGCAGGUGAUCACCAUCGGCAACGAGCGCUUCCGCUGCCCAGAGACGCUGUUCCAGCCGUCCUUCAUCGGCAUGGAGUCUGCCGGCAUCCAUGAGACCACCUACAACAGCAUCAUGAAGUGUGACAUCGACAUCAGGAAAGACCUGUACGCCAACAACGUCCUCUCGGGGGGCACCACCAUGUACCCCGGCAUCGCCGACCGCAUGCAGAAGGAGAUCACCGCCCUGGCGCCCAGCACCAUGAAGAUCAAGAUCAUCGCCCCUCCGGAGCGCAAGUACUCUGUGUGGAUCGGCGGCUCCAUCCUGGCCUCACUGUCCACCUUCCAGCAGAUGUGGAUCAGCAAACAGGAGUACGACGAGGCAGGCCCGUCCAUCGUGCACCGCAAAUGCUUCUAAGACGCUUCCUUGCUCUGUGUCUGGCGCGCGAUUGUGAAUGUUCUGUGGAAUAAUGCCUUCCAUUCUUUUCCAAAUCAUUCCCAGCAAAGCUCUGACUUGUUACCUGUGUGUUUUUUUUUAAUAAAUCUGCAGUACGUUACUGGUUA